AUGGAGUCUUCUUCACCAAUGCGUUUACCUAUUGUCAUAUUUGUGGCUCUCGGCAGUCUCAGCUAUGGCUAUGCAUCCAGCAUCAUUGCUACGACACUCGGCCAGCCGACAUUCCUGAGUUACUUCGCCUUGGAUACACGACCAAACGCGAAUGACCUCAUGGGAGCUAUCAACGGAUUGUUUCAGGCCGGAGGUUUCCUUGGAACCUUGGGUUGCUACGCAAUUGCUGACCAUUUCGGCCGCCGCAAGGCCAUUCUGGUUGCUGCACUCAUUUCGACCAUCGGCGGAGCCCUCCAGGCUGGAAGUGUCGACAUUGGCAUGUUUAUUGCUAUGCGUUUUCUCACUGGUGUUGGUAUCGGGGCUCUGGUUACCUUGGUUCCGCUUUAUCAAAGUGAAAUGUCGCCAUCAAAUAUUCGCGGACUUUUGGUCGGCAUCCAUGGUGGCAUGAUCGGCACAGGAUAUGCUCUGGCAAGUUGGGUCGGCUUGGGAUUCUACUUCGUGGAAGCAUCAGGUGCCCAAUGGCGUAUUCCUCUGGCCAUUCAGUGCUUGCCCUCACUCUUACUUGCUAUUGGCAUUUUGAUGCUGCGAGAAACCCCCCGUUGGCUCAUUCUAGCAAACCGUAUGGAUGACGCUCGUGACUCAUAUAACUAUUCCCGCCUCGGAGCUACAGGAGGUUCGACGUCCGAUCAAGAAAUUCACGAUGCGGAUUUCGAGACUCUCCGAAGACAAACUAUCUGCGAAAUUGAGCAACAAAUUAGGUUUGUUGAUCUUUUUAAGAGUCCUUCAAUGAGAAAAAGAUGCAUCACUGGCUUCCUCACCACGUUUGGUUGCCAGGCCACAGCAACUAUUGUUAUCAACAAUUAUGGACCCCUGCUGUAUAAGAGCUUGGGAUUCAACGCCGUCCAACAACUUCUUAUCCAGUGCGGUUGGAUCUCUGUGGCCCCUUUCGGCAAUUUCAUAAAUGCUUACCUUGUGGACCAUAUGGGGCGAGUCAAGAUGCUUCUUACCGGCUUCGCGGGUUGCGUUCUUGCCCUUGUGGGAGAAUGCAUUACUAUGUCCAUUUUUGAGAAGACAAACCAUCGAGGGGCUGCGUCAGGCGCUGUCUUUUUCCUCUUUCUUCACGUCACCAUCUUCACUCUUUGCUGCGACGCUACGUCUUAUGUCUAUGCAUCCGAGAUCUUUCCCACGCCAGUCCGGGCAAAGGGCCUUUCGAUUUCAGUCUCUGGUCUGUUUUUCGCUACCAUUAUUUUUACAACAGCUGCGCCUACGGCGUUUGCCAACAUUGGUUGGAAGUUCUACCUGGUGUUUAUCGGCCUAACGUCAAUCAUCAUUGUGUAUGCUUAUUUCACAUUCCCUGAGACAUCUAAAAUGUCUCUUGAAGAUAUUCAAGAGCUCUUUGGUGAUCCAAUUGAUGCUAUAUCGACAGAAUCUAUUGCUCAAGAGAGUAUUAACCAUUCUGCUGAAGAUAAAAAGGAAAGUCUUAAUAUUAAAGAGAGUUCUAUUUAA